CUCUUCCGAUUUGGUAUAAAUAGUAUACUAGGUAUAUCAGUCCCAACUUUGCAACAGUGAUUUCAAUAGACGAUGGUGAUUACCAAGAAAUAUGUGUUGACAAAACAUUUCGAAGGCGAGCCCAAGCGGUCGGAUUUGACUUUGGUGGAAGAGAAGUUACCUGCUCUAAAGACUGGAGAAUUUCUUAUCAGAGCAGAGUUUUUAUCCAUUGAUCCGGGUGUGAGAGCAUAUGAACCUAGACUUCCACUGGGUGCCACGAUUAUUGGAUUCCAGAUUGCUGAAAUUGUAACGUCUAAAAACAGGGCUUAUCCGGUUGGAAAACGUGUUGUUGCCAGUGUUGGUUGGCAAACGUACACUGUGCUCAAUGCGAAUUUCGGUACCCACCAUGAUCAGUUUCUUUACAUACUGCCUGACUUCGACGGAUUACCCAUAUCCUUGGGACUGGGAGUGUUGGGUAUGCCAGGAAACUCUGCCUAUUUCCCAGUCAUCGAAAUCUUGCAACCAAAGGCUGGUGAAACUCUAGUUGUAAGUGGUGCAGCGGGAGCAGUCGGAUCCCAUGUUGGUCAAAUCGGCAAGAUUCGUGGAUUGCAAGUAAUCGGAAUUGCCGGAUCAGAUGCAAAAUGUAAAUGGCUCACAGAAGAACUGGGAUUUAACCAUGCCAUUAAUUACAAAACUCAAAAUGUUGCCGAGGUUUUGAAACAAGUUGCACCGGACAAAAUCGACUGCUACUUUGACAAUGUCGGAGGAGAUAUAUCGAGCAUUGUACUUAAUCAAAUGAAUACUGGUGGUCGUGUUGCGGUUUGCGGCAGUAUAUCCACAUACAAUGCAGAUAUUGAAGAGUUACCCAAAACUAAUAUCAUUCAGCCUGCUGUACUGAAUUCCCAAUUAAAACUGGAAGGAUUUUUAGUGGUGCGUUGGAGGAAUCGAUGGAUGGAGGGUAUUGAACAGAAUCUUAAAUGGAUAAAGCAAGAUAAGCUGAAAUAUCGCGAAACAAUUACAAUUGGAUUUGAGAACAUGCUUGAUGCAUUCCUCGGGGUGUUGCGAGGAGAAAAUAUUGGAAAAGCUAUUGUCAAAGUGUAAAAAUUCAGUUGGAAUACGACAUUUUUGAAAGACAUUCAAGAGAAUUGAAUUACUGAUGCUUAUAUCAUACUCAGAACAGCUUAUCGUUG